AUGCCUUCAAAGCGAAAUAUAAGAAUCGGAAACGUCUCUGGCGCCACGGGCGACAACUGGACAGCCAUGUCGCGCAUGGUUGCCGGCGGCGCCGUGGAUGUCAUCACCGGAGACUGGCUCUCUGAGAUGAACAUUGCCUGGAACGCGAUUGCGAAAGCCGCGGACCCGGAUCUAGGGUACGAGGCUGGCUUUCUCACGCAACUGGAGAGCUGCGUAGACGACGUGGCCGCAAAGGGACUAAAAGUCAUUACUAACGCUGGCGCCUUGAACACAGAGGCUCUGAAGAAGAAGGUGCAGGAGAUGUGUGUAGAAAGGGGGCAGGAGGGCCUCGUUGUUGCCAGCGUCGUGGGUGAUGACAUUUCACAUUUGUUGAAAGGGAAGGGCCGCGAAGAAAUCAAGAAGCAAUUUCGGCAUCUGGAUCACUGGAAUGUCCACUUGGGUAUCGUCGCUGCGUUGAACGCAGGGGCUGAUAUUAUUAUCUGCGGUCGCGUCACCGAUGCAAGUGCUGUGAUAGGAGCUGCCACGUGGUGGUACGGAUGGAAAGAAGAUUCCUUUGACCAACUUGCUGGAGCUCUGAUUGCAGGCCACCUGAUUGAAUGUGGACCUUACGCAACAGGAGCCAACUUUUCUGGCUUCAGAGGCUAUCUUCCGCAACUCGUAGACUUGCCCUUUGGCAUUGCCGAAAUCCUCCCAAAUGGCGAGUGCUUCAUUACGAAGCCGGAAGGCACAUCUGGGACCGUUAACAAGUACAAUAUUACCGCACAGCUGUUAUACGAAUUGCAAGGAGAGUUAUCCUUGAAUCCGGAUGUUGUGGCAGAUAUCUCAAAGGUCUCUAUCGAGAAUACGCUCGAGAUGAUGAAGACUCAGUUGAAAUAUAUGUUUAAGGACAGCAAUUUCAGCAAACUAUUAAUUGAACUAUAUGGUGCCCCAGCAUCCGACCCAAAAUCUCAACAGGAGGGCACUUGUUUUCUGAGGGUAUUUGUGCAGGCACGGAACCUGGCAGACGUUUCGGCAACCAAAUUCAAAGAUAUUGUUUAUGCAUUGCGGAUGCAAAGCUAUCCAGGCUACCACAUGAACCUCAAUUUCCGAACCAUGGAUCCGAAGCCCUUCAUGGAAAUCUUCCCUUCUAUCAUCCCUCUUUUUGUCAUCAACCACCAAGCUGUGAUUGGAUCAAAAGUCACCGACAUCCCUCCACCAACCACGACUGCACAAUACUGCAUUGUCAGACUAUCAUAUGAAACGAGCAACGUGAUGCCGCCCAGCUGUUUUGGUGGGUCCCGAAGAGCACCCCUGGGUAGCAUUGUGCAUGCUCGCUCCGGGGAUAAGGCAAACAAUUCGAACAUUGGCUUCUUCGUCCGACGCGCAGAUGAAUAUACCUGGUUGCAGAACUUCCUGACCGUGGAUCGGUUGAAAGAUCUUUUCGGAGACGACUGGAAAAGGGGGGAUAGUGGCAGGAGAGUUGAGCGUGUUGAGUUCCCCAAUAUUCUCGCUGUUCAUUUCCGUGUACUCGAUUUUCUAGAUGGUGGCAUCGCUAGCAGCUCCCGGGUCGAUGGCCUGGGGAAAGGGAUUGGGGAGUUCUUGCGGAGCAGAGUGGUUGACGUCCCGGUGAAGUUUUUAGAGCGUGGAUGGAUAUAA